GCAUGCCCGUGACCUGCCCGCCAAAGUUUAUGAUAGGCUCAUGUCGUUUUCCGCUGCCCGGCCGAAUCAGAUAAAGUCGGGCAGAGACUAGACCGUCCUGUUUCGGUCUUCGGACAAGUCUCGCGUUCCGGACGGCACGCGCGGUCAGAUCUUCAAAGAAGAAAAAAUGAUUCAAGAACUCCUAGGAAGUGCUGGCCUUAUCGGAGGAGAGAGGAAAAUUUCGAUCCGUGGUACCAUUUUAGAAGGAACACCUUCUCCUUCUCCUUCAUUAUCUCCUUCUUCUUCAACUACUACAACAUCAACAACUUCCGCUGCUGCUCCUACUACUGCAACUGCUGCUAAUAAUUCAACUUCAGAAAACCUGAGAUGCCCUCGAUGUGAUUCUUCAAACACUAAAUUCUGCUAUUACAACAACUAUAACCUUACUCAGCCUCGCCACUUUUGCAAGACUUGUCGCCGGUAUUGGACUAAAGGUGGCGCUCUUCGGAAUGUUCCAAUUGGAGGCGGAUGUAGAAAAAACAAGAACACAACUGUAUCCGCAUCAGUUGGAAAGUCAAGCGCUAGUAAGAUGAAAACUAUGGUAUCUGAUAUUGGAAGAUCAAGUUUUGGAAAUGGAUUUGAUCAUCACGAACUUUCUUCAAGUCCAAUUAUGUGGGCUUCACCUCAAAAUUCUCAUCUUUUAACCUUAUUGAGAGCUACCCAUAAUCCUAACCCUAGUUCCAAUACACUAUCGAAUUCUCUUCCUGUGAAGGAGGAGGGUGUGAUGGGAACCCACUUGCUAACUGAGCAAACAACCGCACUAAAUCCUCGUACUCUUGGCUUGGACCCGCUUACCCAAGUCCCUUCUUUAGGUCUUUGCACCCCUUUUUGGAAAAACAGCCAAAACCAAGCUCAACAGCAUCAACAGACAGCAGUUGGUGAAGCUCAAAAUUCAGGAAUACAAGAACUUUAUCAGAGACUCAGAUCAUCAACCAAUUAUUAUACUGAUAAUAACUCCCAUGUAAUUCUAAGCAAUGUGGGUUCUUCUUCAACCUCAACAUCUUCAACCAUUUUGGAGUCUUCUCCUGUUGCUGGUGGUGAAUUGGGUUAUUGGAAUCCAACAUUUUCAUGGUCUGAUCUUCCAACAACCAACGGUGCAUAUCCUUGAGAACCCUUCUUCUCUACUUCAUUUUUAAUUUCUACUAUUUUUUUUUAUUUUCAUUUUGUUUUCUUUAGUUCAGAGAUUUCCUUCAUUUUUCUAGGGUUGUUUGUUUGGAUUGUGGUAUAUGGAUAUGGUAGCAGAUUAGUCAUCAGUUUCUUUUUGAUGUUUAUUAAUUAUGUAUGUGUGUUUUGAGGUGUGUUUAACAUUGUACCAAGAAGUGGUAGAAAUGGAAAAUAUAUAUUAGCUUCUUGUAA